AUGGCUUUCGACAACAACCGCACAAGCGGGCGGCACGCCAACCUACACGAUGAAUCCGAUGUCGAAGAGGAAGCUCUGGUUAAUGACUACCGCGAACAGGUGCAUUUUGAUGAUGCAAUCAAGCGCAACGAAGACCCCGCAGCCGUUGCAGGAGAAUACGGAAACCGGCCUCUCUACCGAAUGCUGGGGUAUUUUUCUAUCAUCGGUCUACUCCGCGUCCACUGCUUGCUUGGCGACUUCAGUCUCGCCCUCAAAACUCUCGAUGAUAUCGAGAUGAACAAAAAGGCCAUGUUUGCCCGCGUUAUGGCCGCCCACUUCACGACGUACUACUACGUAGGCUUCUCCUACAUGAUGAUGCGCCGCUACGCCGACGCCAUUCGCAUGUUCAGUCACAUCCUCGUCUAUGUAUCCCGCACCAAGAACUUCCAGAAGGGCAGCAACAGCUACGAUGCCAUCGCCAAGAAGAACGACCAGAUGUACGCCCUAAUUGCCAUCUGCGUCGCAUUCCACCCUACCCGUCUUGAUGACACCAUCCACUCCGCUCUCCGCGAGAAAUACGGCGAGCAAUUCAACCGCCUCCAGCACGGCGGACCCGAAGCCCUCCCGCUCUUCGAAGAGCUUUUCCGCUCAGCCUGCCCCAAAUUCAUCAGCCCAACCCCACCAGACUUCGAAAACCCAGCCAUGAACGUCGACCCCGUUGACCACCAAACGGCCAUCUUCAUGGACGAGGUCCGCAACACCCUAUACAACCCCACCGUCAAGUCUUACCUCAAGCUCUACACGACGAUGGAUCUGCAGAAGCUUGCGGGCUUUUUGGACGUGGAGCCGCAGCAGCUGCGCUCAUGGCUACUUGUCAAUAAGCAGCGCAGCCGACAGAUCCGAUGGUCGGAUGGCGGGCUGUUGGAAGGGGAGGUUGCGAAUGCAAAUGACCUGGAUUAUGCUAUUGAGGGCGAUCUGAUUCAUAUUAGUGAGGCGAAGGCAGGGAGGAGAUUGGUGGAUUGGUACUUGCGAAAUCUGGCAAGGACAUAUUAA